AAACCCCUCACAGCACACGUGUCACUUUCUGGGCGCACCGGUUCUGAGGAAGAUCAGUUCCUUUUCGGUUAGAGAUACAGAAGGUGUGCUAACGCAUACAUCUUGAUGGUUAUUUAUCUUUUCUGCUUCUAUUAUUUCCCUUGUUAGUUUAGUCUUGUUUCUUGCGAUGAUAUGGCAAUCUCAAUAGAUAGGUUCACAUCCACGAGUGUUACAAUGAUAAGCCAACCCUCUAGUGCCCGUCCUGUCCAUUUCUCCGUUCUUUGUCCGUGUAUCUUGCGCUCUCAGUUCAGGUGUCUCAUUACCAACUAGCCCAAUCUUCAACCCUUCUCAAUGAAGACUCAAGAGGAACAGGAGCAGGGGAGGUGCCUUCGUGUGACUCCCGAGUCGAUUCGUCAAAUGGAGUCCGAAACGGAACUGUUUACUCUAGGAGAAGGGGAGCUUCCGCCGAUUCCUGAUCAAGUGGACUGGAGAACGAACAAUGGCUACGUGGGACAGGUCUACGAUCAGGGCAGGUGUGGGUCGUGUUGGACCUUCAGCGUCGUGGGAGCGCUCGAAAGCCAAUGGUUCUUAACUACGCAUCAGAGGGUCAACCUGAGCCAGCAGAACCUCGUCGACUGCGACACUUCUUCUGGGGGGUGCUACGGAGGUGAUUUAUACCGAGGCUUCAAGUUCAUCAAGGACAGUGGCGGGAUCGACACAUUCGAGUCCUAUCCCUACGAAGCUCGCAAUAACGUGUGCAGGUUCAAGAAGGAAUGUGUUGGCGCCGUUGUCAACGGCAUCAGCAUGAUCAAAACUGGAAGCGAGUUUGACCUCAGAAAUGCCGUCGCUACCGUGGGACCUGUCUCCGUUGCAAUCUGUGCUGACGAGAAAUUCAGCGCGUACCGGGAUGGCAUUUAUGAUAACCCAAAUUGCCCGAACGACACGCUAAACCACGGUGUUGUGGUUGUUGGAUACGGCACAGAAGACGGCAAGGAUUACUGGCUGAUAAAGAACAGCUGGAGUGACCGCUGGGGACAGAAGGGCUUUGGAAAGAUGGUCCGAAACCGCGGCAACCAAUGCGGCAUCGCUUCUAACGCCCUCUAUCCCAUAAUAUGAAGAGAGGGACCCUGCAUGGGACUUUUUGCAGAAACAGCAACCCUGCUUCUGAUGUACAUUGUGAUCUACUGGUGGCAUGCAUCUUUAUUUGCACGGCAAGAUCGGAACGGCACUUUCGCUCUUGCAACUAUGAUUGUAGAUUGGGUAUGGAGCGAAUAAAAUGUUCAU